GCAGGUUGCUGAGGCUCACACCCCGAGGUCAUCCCUCCCUCCUCCAAGCUUCUCCUAUAUACUCUCACCUCAUUCUCAGUUCUUCACACCAACCAGACCCAGAACACAUCAAGCAAUCUUCAACGACAUCAGUGCGGUGCUCAUCAGCAAUGGAGGAGCAACUGCAGCAGCAGGGUGGCCGGGCGAGCAACAAGAGCAGGGACGCCGUGCGGCUGCAGCAGCUGCUCAAGAAGUGGAAGAAGCUGGCCACGGUGUCGCCGUCGUCGUCGGGCAGGAACGGCAAGAGCAGCGUGCCCCGGGGCUCCUUCGCGGUGUACGUCGGCGAGGAGAUGCGGCGGUUUGUGAUCCCCACCGAGUACCUGGGCCACUGGGCGUUCGUGGAGCUGCUCCGGGAGGCCGAGGAGGAGUUCGGGUUCCGCCACGAGGGCGCGCUCCGGAUCCCCUGCGACGUUGAGGUCUUCGAGGGCAUCCUCCGGCUCGUCCAGGGCAGGAAGAAGGAGGCUGCCGACAUGUGCCGGCGCUCCUGCUCCUCCGAGACCGAGAUCUUGUGCAGAUGACGCCAUGAAAGCAGGCCUGACGUCUGAAUGCUCUGCUCUGAUUCUGUGAAGGAGUGGCGGUUCUUUCUUGCUUCUUUUUUCCUCGCUCCUUUCUUGGUUGGUUCUUUCUUUCUUCUUGAUUUUUUUUCCGAAGAAAGGAGAAGAGGUUGCACAGGAUGAUGAGAUCUGUAAUUUGUACAACAACAGGAGGAGAUGAAGGGUUGUUUUUUUCUUGUUCACAACAAGGAUCUAGUGUAAGACAAACUAAUUAAGGCUCUGAUCUUGUUGUUCUUCUGCUGCUAGCUUUUUCUUUUUUCACAACUUAUUGGCAGUGCAUUUCUGUUACUCACAUUUUCAUUGAGAGAGAAACUGAAACUAAGCAACUGACCAAUGGCAGAAACUGAAACCAAGCAGCUGUUAUAAUAUUUCAGAUGUCCCAUUGCAUAGUACUGCAAGUCUGCACCUCAAUUUAGAUAGAGUUUAGAUGGUAGAUUAGAAGUAGUUCACACUGCAUAGUAUUUGGAGGUGGUCGACAUAGAGUUCUUUGCCAAAAAUAGAUAGCAGUUUAGCAAUAUGAUGUGGGUUGGAUGAUAUUUCAUACAUCA